AUGGAGAAUAUAAAAUCAAAGCCAAGUUUGCUUGACCGCGUACAUCGUUACGAAGAAAAUCGUCUUAUGAUAGCAGAAAAAAUUUUUAAAAAAACCAAAACCAACACUAUUUUAUGCGAUAACGUCGAGAUGCCAACAGAAGUGGUUAUUCUCAGAAACGUUCCGCCUCAUCCCAAUAUUGCGGCUCUUCUUUACUGGAUGAGGAUCAGACCUGAAGAGUGGAUGAUUAUGUUUGAAUGCUAUAAGUUAAAUUUAAGAGAUUAUCUAAACGAUAUUGCAAAGGAAAAUGUUGAAUUAAUAGAAAAGCAAGCAAAAAAAAUUAUGCGCCAGCUGCUGUUUGCAUGUAAACACUUGGAGGACUAUGGAAUCUACCACCGUAAUUUGAAAUUGGAAAAUAUAGUUAUCGACAUUGAUAGCAACAUUAAAUUAGUCAAUUUUGAUUUGGCGAUCGAGGCGAAGCAAAACGAAGCAUAUGAAAUAAUUGGAUCGAUUGUUCCACCUGAAAUGUAUAACCGCCACGAUAUUUACAGACGAGCAACUGCGCAAGUGUGGGUAUUAGGAAACAUUUUCUAUCAACUCUUUGAACGAAUCGAACCUUAUCCGAAAGAACGAGUUAUUGCCAAAGCGCUAGGUCCGGUCAUGUUUAGUAAAGACAAUCGUCCCUCAGAAGAAUGUGUGCUGUUGAUGGAAUCGAUGUUGGAUGCUGAUCCAAACAGACGGCCACAGUGCAUCGAGGAUGUUCUUGCUCACUUUUGGAUUCGAAAUGGCUGA